CCCUCGCGUGCAGCCGGAUGAGAACACCAACGUGGUUCUUGUGAAGCUAACGCACUAUCUGGUUUUAAUGCUACACUUCAUGUAAGGAGGUGUUAAACAAUCGAAAUGACUGAAAGUAAAGCAGAAGCGGCGCCUAAAGCUGCCAAACAGCUGCUGGCUUUAAACCCUAAUCAGGAGUCAGAGUUCAAGAAGAAGGUUCAGGAGGUGAAGAAGAACAAAUCUAAGAAGGGGAGUCAGCUGAGACCUGGAGUAAUUUACGUGGGCCAUCUGCCAAAGGGACUGUUCGAACCUCAGCUCAAAUCCUACUUUGAACAGUUUGGGAAAGUCACGAGGUUGCGUCUGUCAAGGAGUAAAAAGACCGGUGGAAGCAAAGGCUAUGCAUAUGUGGAGUUUGAUUGCGAUGAAGUUGCCAAGAUUGUUGCAGAGACGAUGAACAAUUAUCUCAUGGGAGAGAGAAUCAUUAAAUGUCACGUAGUUCCACCAGAGAAAGUGCACGAGAAGCUGUUUGUCGGCUCCCAGAGACGAUUCAAAAAGCCGUCAUACCCUGCAGUAGCACGGUACAAUAAGUCACACACAGCAGAGCAGAUUGACAAGAUGACCAAAAAGCUCCUGCGCAAAGAGGCGAAGCUCCGCAAGAGGCUGGCAGAAAACGGCAUUGACUAUGACUUUCCAGGAUUUGUUGCCCAGAAGAAGAAGAUUUCAUCAGAUGCAGCCAAUACGUCCUCAUGCAGUGAUGACGUGACUCCGGUCUGUACCCCCUCGCUGCUGGAGAGGAGGAAGUCCAUGGUGGUUGAUGAUGAAGAAGAUGACGAGAUUAUCAUUAAGAUGCCGGUUAUAGAUAAAGAGAAGGAGUCGUCCUCAGAAGAGGAAAACGGUGACGAUGAUGAGGAAGAGGAAGAGGGAGACGAGUCAGAGAGCGAGGGACACUCUGAAGGAGAGGAGGAUGCAGAGGCAGAGUGAAAAUCUUCUGGUUUCACUGAGGACUUUGGCCACUGGAGCUGAAAUGCAUUCGGAUACUGAGAUCGUGUUUGGUCUGUGAUUCACUUCAACAGUGUCAGGACUGCACAGAUGUGUUUUACAGUCUGUGAAAACCACAUGUUGAUUUAGAGAGAUGCUCUUAUGAUGUGAUUGUGAAUAUUAUGAGAGUGUGUACCAUUGAAGGUACUAAAUGCCUGUUUCAUCUGGACUUUUUUGACUGAAAUAACUCAGUCUUGAACCAGGCUGCUUCCCUACAAAAUAAUGUAAUUUAGUGUUGUUGUGACAUUUUGUGCUUCAUAACCACACUUCUCUAAAAUCUUCAUUAAAUGUAUGUGUAAACUAUGGUUUAUUAAUAAAAUAUGUUAAGUGUAUUGUUGA